GUUAACCUUCGUGCAUCACUCAAAAUAUUUUAUCUAAAGCAGCCAAUAGCUAAAUAGGACAGUUCUGAUUGGUCUUUUUGAGAAUAGCCCAAGGACGACACUCAACCAAAGGAGUCGAAAGAAAUUCAGUGAAGUACAUUUUGUAAUACGACAACACUUAUAUUGUUAACUACUUAGUGAAUAACACUACUAUAAUUAACUGUUAAGUAAUAUUAUGGAUGUGCAAUUGUGCGAUGGUUCAUUGGGUGAUGAGAAAGAUGGUACAAACUCUUUGGGAACUAUAGUUACAGAAGAUUCUAGUGGAAACAUUCCAAAUGUAAAUUCAAAUACAAAUGUAUAUGAUUGUAUGGAGUUCAAGCGAAAGCGCUCCGUUAUAAAAGAAAAGCGUUUUGUGAUAAAUGAUAUGGUUGAAACAGUUGAUUUUGGUCUACUACCUGAGGGUUGGCUCCAACUACGUCAUAUUUCUGGACUUAAUGUAUAUUUACACAGAUCAAGCCGAGUGGUGACACUUUCAAGACCAUAUUCUAUUGGACCGAGUAGUGUACGUCACCAUCGUAUUCCUGUAUCGGCUAUUCCAUGUUUGGCUUAUCGUAAAGCUAGUGGAAAAUUUUUUUAUCCAACUGAAUCUCAUACGGUUCCUUCAGAAUUCACUAGUCCAGUGAAUGAGUUAAAUAAUAAAACAGUAUGUUGUCCGUUUGAAAUAUCACCAACAAACAUCCCAUCUGAAGAUGUACAAACAGUCCAAAAAUUAGACCUAUCUAAUGAAUCGUUAGAAGAUGAAGUGUCAGUGAUAAAUAACAAGCAUGAGGAUGAGCUAUCAAUUAAUGGUGGUGCUUCAGUAUCAUUCAGUCGUAGUAGAAAUAACUCGUUUUCAUUACCUGAAGAUAACAAUAAUACUAAUCACGAUAUUGUUGAUGUAGUGAAUAGUAAAAAUUCCGAUAAAGAAGAAGGUGAAUUAUCUUCUGGUGAUGAUGAAAAAGAGAAUUCAUUUGAAGAUGAUAGUCGAGCUAAAAAACCACGUUUGAAUAAUAAUGACGAUGUUAGUGAUGGUGUUGGCGAAGAUUCAAUCGACUGUUCAUCCAAUGAAACAUCAUCUUUACAAAAUUCGUUACCUAAAGCAGCUGAAGAAGUGUCAAAUACUUGUAAUAACGUUCUAUAUAACAGAUCAACUCAUUUUGGAAAUAGAUAUCGUAAAUUUAGACAUGGUAAUCUUCUAACCAAAAGAUCUUGUUUAACAACAUCACCAAAUAUUCAACUGUCAGAGUCUGAUCGUAUAUCCAACGUAUCUACCAAUAAACAAAAUGAGGUACCUACUGGAACUCAAGAAAUUGUUGCUGUUAAAACUCAGGUGUUUUCUAUUAAAGACAAAGAAAAAGAAUCUCUGUUGACACCUGAUGAUAUUCGUGAAUAUUGUGGACGUCUUUUUGAAAUCAGAGUAGAAGAUACAGUAAUUAAAAGAAAUCGUGAAUAUCAUUGUACAACAGAUCUUACUACUAAAGAAUCAGAAGACAUACAGAAACCAUUACUGAUGAUGUCAGAACAGGCAAAAGUUAUUCGAUAUCAAAUACCAUCGACUGAUGGAAACGUUUCGCGAAAGCAGCCUAAAGAGGGUAUGAUCAAUAUGACUGGUAAAUCAUAUGUUUGCAUUCUUCAUGAGUAUUGCCAAAAUGUUAUACGUCGUCCGCCGACAUAUCAGACAACAGUUCUUGAAAAUGAUAAAAAUCCCUAUCAAAUGACAGUAUUCAUUAAUGGUAAUCCAUAUGGAACCGGUACAGGGCAAAGUAAAAAGUGUGCAAGAUUAGAAGCGGCUCGUAAGGCGCUUGAAGUUUUAAUUCCGGAUUUUCAAAAGAUUGCAUGUAACAAUUCACAUCAAACAGGUCCAGUGGUAGCCUCUGAUCGUGAUAUGCAGUUGUUCGAUUCCAUUUCGGUGACUGAUCCACGUUUAUAUGAAUUAUCUGUGCGCAUGGCAUUACCUACUCCAUAUAAUCUACUUGUUGAAUGUUUAAGUCGAAGUUGUGUUCCUGAGUCUGAUUUGAAGUCAAAUAUGAUAUCUCAAGGACGCAGUAAACACUUUUUCACUUUACAGCUGAGAGAACAUACUGUUAAGGUUAGAUGUAAAAACAAAAGAGAAGGUCGUCAUUUAUCUGCUCAACAUCUUUUAGCCCGUCUACAUCCUGAAGUUAGUACCUGGAGUGGUCUUUUACGUAUUUAUGGUCCGGGUAGUAAACCAGACAAGCGAAAUGAGUUGGAAACAAUCCAAGAUGCACAAAUUCAACAGAAGUCUGCUGUAAAAGCUAGUUUAAUUCGUUUAUUAAAAGCGAAAAUGAGUGAAUUAGCUGAUCAGUGGGUAAAUAACUGUUUUCAAUAAAAGAUUUUGCUGUAAUAUGUGGAGUUAAAAUAAUUUCAUUUCAUUUAUCUUGAACUCCAAACCUUACUAUUUAAACUGUUAAGUUGUUGAAGUGGUUUUCACCUGGAGUUUUCCAGCUUGCAUAAUACGAUCAUUUUUAUGACUUUAUGUCUAUCCGUUUAUCUGUUGAGGUCUUUUUUGAUAGAACACCCAAAUCUCUAUUUUAAUAUCACAUUCUUAUCUAACUUACAGUGUUAAUUAUCUGGAAAAUAUGGAAUAAUAGUCUAUAUGUGCUGCUUAAGAUCUAGACUACUAUUUUUUAUUUCGUUAUAUAGAAUUUUUCAGCCAUAACCAAUCCCGAUUGAAUGGAUUUAUUUAAGGAAAAUCAGUUGUUUAUUUCAUGUAAAUGUACUUCCUUUUAUAUGCCUACAUCUUACAUAUGACCCCUCUCCCUAAAAUAGUUUGAUAAAGUUUCGUAAUCAAAUAUUACUUUAUUGAUGCAUGUUUAUUUUUAACAAAGAACUCCACAUAUAACAUUCUGUGAUGACUACCAAAAUGUAUCAGAUGUAUAAAAAACGUCUACUGUGUGAAAUAUAUGAAUGAGGCUUUUAACCCCAUGCUUCAACAGACAGCGAGGCUCAACUGUUCGAAUCUGAGCGCUUUAACCGUUGAGUUAUUGCUUCAUUAUAAAUAUUUUUCAUGUGAUCGCAACAUUAGAUUCCAUGUACUUCUGGUAUGAUUUUUUAUGUAUAAAGCAACCAGUAGAAAAUCACAGACUAUUUAAUCACCAUUGAGUAUUUUGAUGACAUUACGAUGUGUUUACAAGUAUCCUUACUGAUGUAUGCUACCAAACAACCAGUCAUGCUCCAUGUCCUUGGCGAAUUCGAUAAAUGAUCUAAACUGUUAUUUAUAGCUAACUAACUUAUAUAACUGUUAUUUAUAGCAGUGGUUCUGCGCUUCCACAUUAACUUUCGUUUCCAUGAUCAAUUCCAAAGUUGACGAUAUUCCCUAGGAUUUUUUAUUAUAGUUCUAUCACAUCUGAACAUGUGAACACAUAUUACGUAUGUCUUAUGAAUAAAUAAUUAGUUUUGUGUCUUUCCAUGAAUACUUCCUGUUAGCGUAGCAUCGUUGUCUGUUUCCCUAGUAAUAUUUAAUCUUUAUCGUUUUUUAAUGUCAAUUUUGUAACCAGUCCAAUUUAAUUAUUCGGAUCUCCGUAAAUUCCUUGACACUUUGUUUUGGAUUUAGGAAAAGUCUGGCGGAAAUUCGAAUCCGAAAGGGAAGUUUUUUGUUUCACCCUACAACCUUCCUGUGGUCGCUUUCCAUCCCGACUCUGAGGGUGACUUGUACAGUUCUGCACCGAUUGCAUCUUCUUCCUCCCCGCCCAUACUACCCCCAACAUCGGAUUAGUCAAUUUUGUAGUGUGAUUUUCAUUUCCAAUAAUAAAAAAUUUCCAUUUUUCUUCCCGUACUGCUCACUGAUUUUUCUGUAUUUACUUUGUCACUGUACUGAAUAUAAGUCAUAAUACUUGA